AAAACAUGAAGUUGAGGAUAGAGCUGUUUAGCAACAACCUGUUUCAGCGCCGCUCUUCAUCUGUUUACCCCCACCACCUCAAUUUUCAUAGACCGACGUUAUACAAGGAAGGAGGAAAACAGAAUUAAGAGUAAAUGUAUGAAGAUCGUUUGCGCGUCAUAUGUCUUAUCGCCGACACGAAAAGCUGUGUCGGCUUGUCAUUAUAAUACGUUUUGCGUGUUCCUCGCUGUUCGCAGAUGUUUUUGUCACGCACAUGAGCUGGGCGAAUUCAUCGCUUUCGUAGUGCCAUACUGUCAGACAUCUGAUUGGCACAACACCGGAUGUAAAAUAAUGGAAAUUCAGAAUUGAUGGCGCCUGAAAAUUGUUUCUGCUCUACUUGUUGAGAAAGAAAUGUGCAGAGAUUCAUGUCAAAUUAUUCAUUCAAUUUAAGAUAAUUGCACUGCACAGAUAUGGGAGUUCCAGAUCCAGAAACUAAGUUGCACGAACUAGAUGUAACGAUUCGUUUGAAACUCAUUGAGAAAUUGUUGAUUGAUGACAACUGGAAGAGACUAGCGGAUCUGAUGCGAGUUCUUGGACAUGACACAGUUGAAAGACUUCAGUGCUUUAAAAAUCCAGCUGAACGAUUGAUUGAGGAACUUGCAGCUCGGAUGUGUCCAGUAAAUAUACUUGCCUUUGCACUAAAGACGCAGGAACUAUUUGAUGCACUUGCAUUAUUUGUAGAAAGAGAACCUCUGAUUGUCACAAGGCAACCGGGGAAUGGAUGUGAUGUAGUAAGAGUCAGUUAUGGAGAUACACUUGAAUUACAGUGUAAUGCUGUCGGCUUUCCUCCUCCAAAAUCAUACCAGUGGUUUUUUAACAACGAGGCAUUGAGUUUUGGAACAAGCAACAUACUUACAGUGGAAAACUUUGAACUUCAUCAUGAAGGUGAAUACAGGUGUGUAAUAAAACAAGAUGAGACACCAGACGGUUCCUGUUGGACAGAUGAUGUCACUGUUGAGUUGCUACCAGAUGUUCCUAUUAUUGAAGAUGAACCACGACCAGCAGUUUGUGUAGUUGGUGAAACAUUCACACUCCAGUGUUCAGUUGCCUGCUACCCUCUUCCAAAUUUCCAGUGGUUUCGUGGAAAUGAGCCUCUUCUCGAUGAAACAAGUGAUACUUUAGUGGUGGAAAAUGCAUCACUCGAAGAUGGAGGGCUGUAUAGAUGCCAUAUAAGCAAUAUUCAAGCUGAGGUGUGGUCAAAGGAAGUAAAAGUGACAGUAUAUCCUGAACCAAAUGCUGAAUAUGAGAUAGGGAGACAGCUGCUACCAAGAAUAAGAGAACCAGUUCCAGCAAAAGUUGCUCUACUUAUUGGAAACAAUUCUUAUGAGAGAGUCAAUGCCUCACUGCCUACAGCUUCAGAAAAUUCAAGACUUACAGAUCUGAUAAUGCCUUGUAAUGAUGUUGAGACUUUAUCUUCAAUACUUUCAAAAAUGGGAUUCAGAGUUCUGGCAUUCCAUAAUCUUACAAAAACUGAGAUGAGAAAUGCUGUAAAACUUUUUUGCAAUAUGUUGCAAGAAGGGUCUUACGGAAUCUUUUAUUUUGCUGGCCAUGGAUUUGAAUUGGAUGAUAAGUUCAUGCUGCCUGUGAACGCACCUGAAAGUGGUGAAUACCUUCGUUGUGACUGCAUGUCUGAGAGAGAGUUGCUUAGUCAUGCAUUGGAGAGAAAGCCAAAGCUGCUUUUUGAAAUCUUGGAUAUGUGUCUGAUAGUGCCAGAAAGGGAUCAAAAUCCAGCACUGUUCUGGGAGAAGUAUGACUUUCCUGAAUACAAACAAGACAGAAAUAUCAUUCGAGCUUAUGCUACAUCAAGUAAUCUAAAGUCCUUUGAAAGAAAACAUGAAACGAAUGGUCUUUAUGUUAAAUAUUUGAAAAAAUUUCUUGGUAGCGACCUGUCCGUACUGACAAUAGUGAAUAAAGUUUCUGAAGAAUUUGAGAACAAUGAGCCUUCUGAUGCUGCUGACAGAAUGAUGCCAUCUGUGUACUACAACACUUCAAAACCAUACUUUUUAACAGAUCCAGUUAUUGAACAUGAGGAUACAACGGCACUGUAUGACAAAAUAACAUCACUGCCAACUGCCGAAUUGAAGUUUGAAUCUGCACCCAUGUCAGUGCCUGUGGCAGUAGAGUUCAAACCCCACCGGAACUGUUUCCUUAAUUCUAUUGAUAUAAUAAUAUCCAGCCCACGAAACUGGAUACCACAGUUUACAACAAUGGAUCUUUUUGAGGGAGUUCAGCGAUUCGUGAAAGAAGAAAAUGGAUCCUACGUACUUACAAUUGCAGGACUUCAGAAAGUGAAGGUACAUUAUUGUCUUCAAGUACAUCGCCAUUUGUAUACAAAAGUCCUCAUGAGUAUUUUCAGUCUUUCCCUUUUCCUGUUACAGGGGCCUAUCUCAUUUGGUAUAACAUUCUACGAUCGUACUACAAGAAAAUUACUCAACUCUUCAGUGUUAGACUUGGGCACUCCUUUAAUUGUUCCAGCUGGGCUUUGGUAUGAUCCACAUGAAGCUGAACUGGAGCAACUGUACAGGCUUUAAGGUGAAAAAGAAAAAAUAUUUGUGUGUAUAUAUGUUUCAUAAAAAAGUUCUCAAAAUUAUUUCUGUCAUUUAUACUUAUCAAAUACAAUUUUCUUUACAAAGUAUAA